GUACAUGCAUUGUGACGUAUUGGCGAUGCGAUGACUGGUGUGCCGCAGCGUUGGAAAACGAGGAAAGUUGAGAAUAUCAAGAAAACUGACUAAAUAUCAUUAUCAAACAGGAAUAUAUUUGCAAUAUUUAAUAACUAUUAAUUAUCAUCUACAUCCAUGGCUCAAGAGCAAGUACGGCAUGGCCGAAGGAGAGGGCAAACAAAGAAUUCACCGAUGGGUAAUCGGUCGAAGAUGGCUCCCCAAGGCGGACCCGCAGGAGGCAUGCUCCUUCCUGAUGGCACAGAUCUCCGUGAGGUCACUAUUCUCUCGAAAUCAGACUGGUCUCGUAUUGGGGCUCAGCUGGAGCGGAAGCAGCGGGAGGAGGAAGCAAUUCGAGCCAAGCGGGAAGCCAAAGAAGCCCUUCAACAACAGACAAAGGAUAUGGUCAAAAAUUGGAGUAACACUAUCGCUGGUCAAAGGUUACAGAAGCUAGAAGCCCGCAAGAUCAGAGAAGAGAAGGAAGAAGCAGAGCGGGUCCAAAUUGACAUUGAAGAAGCCAAAUAUCAAGCACAAAAGAGAAAAGAAGCCAUUGAGAAAGCAAAGACGCUACAGUAUUAUCAGACAGACAGGGUUAAAGGAUUCCAUGGAGCCCUACUGCUUACCGAAGUACUGAAAGAGCGUGACGCACAGUUGGAACUGAAGAAGGCUAGAGAGGCUGCUAUGGGAGGCAAGGACAAGGAGCUUUUACUCCGAGAACAGAGGGAGCUUGAAGAAGGUAUACUAGCAGACCAGGAGAAAGCCCUAAAAAGGCUCCAGGAUCGCAAAGUUAUCGCAGAUUUUCAAUCCCAGCAGGUUCAAGAACACUUACAGCAGAGUGAAAUUGACAAGAUCCAGGAUGUGCGCGAGGGACGGGAACUCAAAGAACAGGUGGAUUACUACAACGCAGAGCGCGCCAAGAUUGAACGUAUCCGUCUCGGUGAGAAGCAGGACCUGAUGCACUCGCAUCUCAAGACCGUAGCCGACCGGGACUUGAUCCGCGCCGCCCAGCAGCAGAAAGAGGAGGAGGAGGAAGAGGAGAUCCGCAUCUUUGCAGCAGCGAAAUCAAAGAUGACAAAGCUGAGGCGGGAGAGGGAGAAAGAACUUUGGCAACAAAGACAAGACCAUGUGAAUCGUAUGGUGAAUGAUCUUGACAGCCAACAUAAGGCAAAGGCUGAUGAUGAAGACGAUCGAAUCGCCAAGGCAGUAGCCGACCGGGAAGCCGCCAGGGAGAAGGAGAUGCAAGAGAAAGAAGCCAGGCUGGAGGAAGAUCUCAAACAGAUGGCUAUUCACAGAACUCAGCAAAUGAAGCAGAAGGAGAAAGAGGAACGUCAAGAGAGACGCCGCGAGCUGGAGGCCCUCCACCUGAAGAUGGAGGCAGAUCGCCUCUUCGCCAAGAAGCAGGAGGAAAAGAUAAAGCAGAUUAGAAGCGAGAAUGAAAACCUCAAGAGCUUCCACGGCAAGCAGAUCGAAGAGCAUCGCGAGGUGGAGCUGAUGAACCGUGCCGAACAACUCGAAAUGGACAAGAAGAAUAUCGAUCUGCUGGCCGUGGAGGAGCAGCAGUUCCAGGAGUAUGCAGGAAAGGUCAUCAAGCACUGCAAGGAAGGAGGACGCAACGUCUAUCCUCUUGAGAAGGCAGCCAGGGAAGGACAUGGCGGUGGCCACGGACCUGUCUUCGAUGGCAAGGGUGGUAUCCGGCCGAGCUAUCUGACCAACGACAGAGUCGGGGUCGAGCUGCCUUACUACCAAAAAGGAAGCACUGACGAGGUUAAAUACGCACAUAUCGGGAAGCCCUCCAACACAAGGAAGCGUCUAGGAUUCGUUUGGUAGAUGGCUAGAUGUUUAAACCGCAAACUGGACUUGUUGGACAAUGCUGCCAUAUUUGAGGUUCCCUGCACAUUAUUCUGUGUCUAAAAAGAAUUUUUAAGCAACCGGUUUAUCUACAAUGUGUGGUAUUUGGACCAACAUAUCUUUGUUAAUAAGAAUGAACGCGAGUGGUCGGAGAACUGGUUUAUGACAUCAGAAGUUGUGAACCUGCCUGGCCUGUAGAUAAAUGUAAAUAUCAGAAAAUUUAUCAUACAAGAAUGAUUAUGUGGGUAUUAUGUGAGUAUUUCAGGGUGAUAUGAUGUAAAAUCACACCAAGAACUGUUAAUUUCUUUCUUCCAUGGUAAUUUAUGCUUCUUUGUCUCAAACCGUCCUCUAUGAAAUAUCUUUACUAUGCAUUCUCUAAAAGAAAAGGACUCUGAGUGUUAGGUAUACAUGUAUAUGAUGAACAGUAGAAUUGUGCCUUGAAAUGUAAUAAAUGGAAAUUUGUUGAGCAUUACAUGAUUUGCACCUUGUACAAUAGCAACAAAAAUAAUUAUUACCCUAAAAUGAUUUUGGUUUGGAGUCUAUUCAUUCCGUCCAAUUUGUAUUAAGAAAAAUAAUUAUAUCUGGCAAAAAUACCUUGGAUAGCAAUUUAUAUUGACACAGAAUAGAUAAGAAGAAUAUCUGGUUGAUUAAGUCACACAGUCAAAACCUGUUGAACAGAAUCUGUAUCACAUAAAGGGUUAAUUGGACUCAAAGAGCCAGUCACGUACAUGUGCAUGAAUUUUUACAUGUUUUGCAAAUUUGUUGAUAAAUACCCAAUAUAGUGCCUGCCUGCCUCGUGGUCAAACUAAUGAAUUAAUGCUGUGUCAUGUUUUACAUCAAGUUAUGACUGAAGUUUACAUGUAACUUGAGGAGGUGCUCAAAAGUUAGUGAACCCCACCAGAAAAGAAACAUAGUCUUCACAAGUUCCGCCAUGUUUUAGAUAUUUAAUUGUGAAAUCAGGUGAUAAAAUAUUACAUUUGAUAAAAGCUUGUUUCUCUGGGUUCAUUAACAUUGUAGUGUUGUUGUCUACAUUCAACACUCAGCAUGAAAGAGUGAAUUUUGUGGUGGGGUUCACUAACUUUCGAGCACAACUGUAUUAUCUCAGUAAAGUCCUUUCUGCUGAGAAUGAUAAAGUCACCCUGUCAAAUGACAUCGUUCCUAAUUUUAAACCUUUCCCUGGCGUGUUCAAAUGCUUAAAACAUAUGCUUUCUUUUGAUUCUUCACUCCUGCGGCAUUGUUAAUGAAACUUUCUAUAUUAACACAUCUGCAAUUUCAGUAUAAAGCUACUAAAGUCAUUUAAUUUGAUUGGCUGAUAGUAAACUUGUUAUAGAAAUUGUGCAUGUUAUUAUAACAAGUCUUUAUGAUAUGAGCCCGUGCCCUCAGAUGAUUGAACUGGGGUGUUUCAUAAAAGGUUAAGUCCGACUAAAUGUCAGGCUUGAGUGCCAAUGCACACAUAAGUCAUUGAUGAAUAUUUUAGAGAGUUUUUCAUCUCAUGUCCGUGAUCUGACCAAUGUGAUGAUGCAUCAUAUGCUGCAAGCAACUGGAAAUUAAUCCCAAAAUAGACUGGGCUAUUUCGACGCCUAAGAAUACGGGGGGGGGGCCUGAUUCGGCCCCCCUUAUGAUCUCGAUUGCAACUUCAGUAUAUUAAAUUCAAAUGAACAACUUCUUUAUUAAAUGUAGCAUAUAUCAUUCAUUCUGAUUAUCCCAUGCAAUAGGUUAAAUCAUUUUAUACCUGUCAAUUCAAGGACCAAACAGAUCUGAGGAAAGUUAGAACUGCGCUUAUAAUAAUGGUUUGAUGAUUCACAUAAAGAAAGAGAUAAAUACACUUUUUUUUCAGGAAGAGUUUUAUUUGAUUUCAAAUGAUGUGUAUCACUAGGAAGCACACAUGUACAUGUAUAUAAAUAAAAUUCUACAUAUAAUAUAAUUCAGUAGAAAUUGGCAAAUAGUAAUACAUAAAUUUACCCACAUAUUUCCAUUAUGCAUAAGUACACGUACUACGUUAUAAUAAUGUAUUCCACAAGGCCUUUAAUAUUUGGCAAAACUUUGUUCAGUGUUAAAACUGUAAAUAAUAAUUCAUGUUGAAUAAUUAUCCAUAAUAAAUAUCCUGAAAAGGAAAAAUGUUAAAAAA